AUGUGGAUUGAAGCACUGCCAAAUGAGCUACUAUAUAUGAUCGCAAAGAUGCUACGUCGACAGCGGUACAUCAACUCUUUAAGCCGGACAACUCGGCAUCUAUAUUCCCAUCUUACUCCUCUCCUCUAUUCCAAUAAUGUGAAGUACGGCAACUCAUCUGCCCUAUGGUUCAGCGUGUCUCACGACCUACCUGGGACCACUCGACAACUCAUCGAUGCGGGGGCGGACCUAGAAAUCAGAAACAGUUAUGGGAUGACUCCACUACUCAGGGCCGCCAUGGGUGAUCACGUUGACGUGGCCAAGGUCCUUAUUGAGGGCGGAGCGGAUAUGAAGGCCCAGCAUGAAUGGCCGGAAGGCCGUGGGCAAACUGCAAUCCACCUGGCGGCAUCAAGUGGAUGUGGGAAUAUGGUGGAAUUACUCUUGGAGAAGGGGGUUGACUGA